CUAUCGAUAAUAAUAAAGCUUUGGUUGUGCGACUAAGAUAAUUAAUUCAUUGAUUAACCCUGGGCCCUGGCUCAGGUACGAAAGUUAGGUAGUCAUAAGCUAGUUACUAAGUAUAGCUUACUUUACCUUUACCUUUAUCUUUAUCUUCAUCUUCACCUUACACACUAACUACACUAGACGACAAGCCCGUCGAGUUACCAGAGCAUCUUCUGUAUAACAAGAGCAAAGGGCGCAACACAACAACCAAUUACUCCAACAAGAAGUAAACGGGCGGACAACAAACAGACAGACAGACCAUGGAUAUCAGGCGCCUCGAGGCGCGGGACAUCCCGCUAAUCCAACAUGCGAACUUGGAAAACCUACCCGAGAAUUACUUCAUGAAAUACUACCUAUACCACGCCCUAUCGUGGCCUCAGCUCAGCUACGUCGCCGUCGACGUGUCGCGGCCCAAGAAGACCCCUUACGACUACCCCAAGAUCGUAGGCUACGUCCUCGCUAAGAUGGAAGAGGAGCCCUCCGACGGCGUCCAGCACGGCCACAUCACCUCGCUGUCCGUCAUGCGCACCCACCGCCGCCUGGGCAUCGCCGAGAAGCUCAUGAGACAGAGCCAACUAGCCAUGGUCGAAACCUUCGGCGCGCAAUACGUAAGCCUGCACGUGCGCGUCUCCAACAAGGCCGCCAUCCACCUCUACACCAAGACCCUCGGCUUCGACCAGGAGAAGACCGAGCCCAAGUACUACGCCGACGGCGAAGACGCCCACUGCAUGCGUCUCGACCUGUCCUCCAUCCGCGAGCAGAUCCGCGACGCCCAGCUCGACGACGACGACGACGACGACGACAACGAUAACGCCAACGAAGCCCUCGACGAGGGCGACCCCGUCGGCGACGCCGGCAAGGCCGACGACAACAAGAAGGCCCUGCCCGCUCGGCCCAAGGAGACGAAGCGCAAGGUUAAAGUUGGGCGCGCGCUGGGCGUCCAGGCGUUGGUGGAGAAGGAUGAGAGUAAACAUUCUUAGAUAGAUAGAGAGGUUGUAUGUGUGUGUCAAGAUGAAGCGCAAGCUUAAGUACCUAGGCUAGGUACGUCGCGGAAAAUAGAAGGACUACUCGGUUCUUCAAGGGAGUCGCAGAGGCUCUUUUGGGGACUGGUUUUCUUACGGCACGGCAUGGCAUGGCUUCAGUUGAAUAGCAUUUGCUCCUGGUUCGGAAAAAAAGGGGCCAGUUAUAGGUUCCCUUUAAGAAUCAUGUCAUGUGUAGGCACAUAUCCCAGAGACACUUCAUGUUUUUUUGCGUAUAAGGCACGGGUGUUGAAGCGGAAAAAAAGACAGCGUUCUAUGGGAUUUAUAUC